UUCUUCCGUAUCAAAGUCCUGGGGGGCAAGAUGGCUUCGGACGAGAUUGUGUGGCAAAUCAUCAACCAGCAGUUCUGCUCGUUCAAGUUAAAAACGGAAAAGCAGCAAAACUUCUGCCGCAAUGAAUACAACGUCACCGGAUUGUGCAACCGGCAAUCAUGCCCUCUGGCCAACUCGCGGUACGCCACCAUUCGGCAACACCCGACCAAGGACACGCUGUACCUCUACAUGAAGACUGUCGAGCGCGCGCACCUGCCCUCCAAGAUGUGGGAGCGCAUCAAGCUGUCAAACAACUACACAAAGGCCCUGGAGCAGAUCGACGAGCGGCUCAUCUACUGGCCCAAGUUUCUCAUCCACAAGUGCAAGCAGCGCCUCACCCGCCUGACGCAGGUGCAGAUCCGCAUGCGCAGGAUCGCUGCCGAGGACGAACGCCUGGGCGAGAAGCUGGUGCCCAAGCUGGCGCCCAAGGUCAGGCACCGCGAGGCGACGAGGGAGCGCAAGGCCGAGGCGGCGGCCAAGCUGGAGAGGACCAUUGAGAGAGAGCUGCUUGAGCGUCUGAGGCAAGGCGCUUAUGGCGACCAGCCCCUCAACGUCAGCGAGGACAUUUGGAAGAAGGUGCUCAACGCCAUGGAGAAGGGUGGCGAGGGUGAACGCGACAAGGACAUGGACCAGGGCAUCGAGUCCGAUGAGGAGGAGGAGCGCGAGGGAGAGGCCGGAAGUGAGGAAGACGACGCCGAGGCUGCCAUCGAAUACGUCUCCGACCUCGACGAGAGCGAAGAUGAGCUCGAGGACCUCGAGGACUGGCUGGAGAGCGAGGAGGAGGAGGAAGAGGAGGAGGAGGACAGCGACGAGUCCGAGGCCGAAAAGGCCGGCAGCAAGCGCAAGCGUGGCAAGGUCACCAAGAUGAAGAGCAAGCGACCGAAGCAGCAGGAGAAGGAGAAGCUGACAUUGACCAACGACCUGGCGUGGUAAUGGUCCUCGACAUGAAAGCGGUUAUUCAU